AAGACAACAUGAAGCUGGAGCUGCUGGUGGUGUUGGCUGUAGCAGCCCUGGUUCCCAGCCUGUCUGAGGGGCUGCUGCUCUCCACAUGUGAGCUGAAGACCAAACUGGCAGAGGCUGCUGACCAAUUCAAUCUGACUGAAAAAAUUGCUGCGAAGGGUGUCGAACUGGACAAUGUCUUGGCCAAAAUUAUCUGCAGUUUGGACCUAAAGUCUGGCUUAAACACCAGCCUUGUGACCAACCUAGUCCUGCGCAAACCUAUCCUGCAUAAACACAAAAGGUGCCCCAUCAGCAGGAGACCUGUGAAACUGUUCGGGCGCAAACGUCCAGGUAGAGAUGUUGAGUCAAAGGAAGAUGGAGUCCGUUCUGAGGGAGAAGAGGACAAGCCUAGACCUACAGGAAAGCCUGGGGGAACGAAACCAAAACCUACCGGGAAAACAGAGGGAGUGAGCCCAAGAUCAGAGAGGCCCAAGGGGAAGAGGCCGAGACCAGGGAGUCCCGCGAGAGGAAGGAACAAGCGUGAGGCCGAGGAGUCCGCUGGUGAUGAGGAAGAACAUGACAAAGUUGAGGCGCAAGAAAGCAAAGCGGCUGAGGUGGAAGAGUUUGGCGGCUAUGAGGACGAGGGUGAUGAAGACGAGGUUGACGAGGAUGAGCUAAACGAGGAGAACCUGGAAGAGUUAGAGGCGGAGCUGGACGAGCAAGAAGGAGAGGAACCGAAAGAGAGAGACGGGAACAGGAAGAAGAGACACAUCCCAAAGCAGUUCAGAGGUCCCGGACACAACCGCAAGCCAACGCCACGCAAGCCGAUGCGCAAGCCGUUCAAGCCGAUCAAGACCCUGUCCUUCAGCUUUUUCGGUCUCUUCCAGCUGAGCAAUCGCCUCGCCUGCGUCUCCUCCAACACCACUCGCUCUCUCAAUCUCUGUAAGACAGAGUGCAGCUCCUUCGUUGAUGACGACAUCCGUGAUGACAUUGCCUGCUUUGUGAAGUCUCGUGCCUGGAUGAAGACUCUGAGGUUCCCAUGGAAAUGUGCCAAGCUGCAAGCCUCUGAGUACUUUGAGUGUGACCAACCACUUAACAGUACUAUGAGUACUUUGCAAACAACUAUUUAACAGAGCAUUUUCCUUCUUUCUCUCAACUCUUAUCUUCUGCUAUAAGCGCCACGAAUAUGUUACUUUCUAUUACCUCUAGAUGGCGUGCUAGGAAUUUUUUGAGCCGUUAUCCCUUAUGUUGGGACAAGUGCCUCCUACAGACAUUAGGCAACAGCAUCAUAUUCUCCUUCUCUCCUCCACCUGUCCAACUACCACGAGUAAGGAAGUUAAAUCUAACAGAUGCCAUUUUGUUGAAAAUGUCUCCUUUGUUGCUUGGUAACAACAUUUCCUUCUUUGACAAACAAAAAUACAUAAA